AUGAAUAUAUAUUCACGAUUUUUGAGUAGAUAUUACUUUGGCACAGUGAAGAUCUUUAAGUUACCUGAUUUGGGUGAAAGUAAAUGUUAUAAUGAAUUUAGAAAUCAAGGAAGCCACAAUAAAAAAAUGGCAUGUUAAGAUAGGAGAUCGAGUAAAUGAAGUACGUCAUUUUUUUGAUAAUAGUUCGAUCCUGUUGCGGAUGUUUCUACAGAUAAGAUGUUCACGCAAAUUCCAAGUAAUUACACAGGGAAGAUUCAUAAAUUGUUUCACUAAGAAGAAGAAACUUGUUUAGUGGGUGGAGAUUUCUUAGAAAUAGAGGUAGAAUCUGAUACUCAAGAAUCAGCAUCUUCAUAGACACAACAUCAUUAAGUGAAAUAAAAAGACACAAUACAAUAAGAAAUACAUUAAACUAUUCAAACUAAUAAUACUCCUUCAGUAUAAUUAGAUUAAUUAUCUAUAGAAUCAUAAAUUAGCAACACCAGCAGUUCGUCAUUUGGCAAAACAAAAAGGAAUAGACUUGAAUAAGAUUUAAGGUAGUGGCUAAGAUGGAAGAAUAUUAAAGACAGAUCUUGAAAAAUAAUCAGUAUAAUCACCAAAAGAACAACCAUAAUCAUCCACUAAAAUUAAUAUCAAAAGUGAAUCCACAUCCACUGUUAUCAAAAUGUCAGAUUUUUAAAAGGGAAUGCAAAAAUCAAUGACUGAGGCUAAUUCUAUUCCUCAUUUAUAUUUAAAAGAAGAAGUUGAUCUAACAGAACUUGCAGAAAUGAGAGAAUAGUUGAAAAAAGAAAAGAAUAUUACAUUCAUGACUUUACUUAUUAAAUCCUUUUCAUUGGCUUUGACAAAAUAUCCUAUAUUAAAUUCAACAUAUGAUACAACAAAAUAAUUUGAAUAUACAUAACAUUCAUCACAUAAUGUUUCUGUGGCUUUAGACUCUCCUAAAGGUUUAGUUGUCCCUAAUAUUAAAAAUGUAUAGAAUCUAUCAAUUAGUUAAAUCUAAGAUGAAUUGAAUAGGUAAUUUAAAUUCUUAAUAUAAUAUAGAUUAAGAACUUUAGGAGAAAAAGGAUAAUUAAGUUUUAAUGAAUUAUCUGGAGGCACAAUAUGUUUGAGUAAUAUUGGAACAAUAGGUGGUACAUAUACUGGUCCACUUAUUCUUGCUCCAUAAGUUUGUAUUGUUGGUAUUGGUAGAUUGAUGACUGUGCCAAGAUAUGAUGCUAAGAUGAAUAUUGUUCCAAGAAAAAUUGUAAUUAUUUAAUUUUUAUAUUUAGAUGAACCUUAGUUUCGGUUGUGAUCAUAGGGUUAUUGAUGGAGCAACUGUAGCAAGAUUUAAUAAUGUUUGGAAAACAUAUUUAGAAAAUCCAACAUCCAUGUUUAUUCAUCUUAAAUGAUUAUUAUAUUAAGAGUAAAGAAAUAAAAUUUAUAAUAAUUAAA